UGUUGGAAGCGGGAAGGUUCCGCGUGGAGGAGGAGGUGUUUCAGCGGUCUCGAGAGACCAAGGCCCCCAGAACUGAGGCUCUUGACACUAAAAUGGAGGAAAGUGAGCGGACCCCCGGUGGAGUGGUUAUGGUGCUGGGAUUGGAGGAUGCUGACUUCAAGGCGGAGAGGAAAGGAACAAGGAAGAAGAGGCAGAGGGAGGAAGAACUGCUGGAUGAACUGUCAGAUUUUACUGAGGGGUUGCUGUUGAAAAAGAGGAAAAAGAUGAAGAUUGAGGAAAGUAGAGAGGCAGGGCCUGGAGUGGAGAAGAAGAGGAAGAUGAAAAUAAGUGAAGAAACUGUCCUGAAGGUCAAGAAAGAGGAGGAUGUAGAGUAUCCAGUGUCAGUGAAGAGGAAAAAGAAAAAAGAGGAGAUAGAGGCUACAAAAGCCAUGAAACUCAGGGUAAAAGAGGAAAGAAUGGCUGCGAAGGCUCUCAAGAUCAAGAUGAAAGAGGAAGAAGAGCAACAGCGAUGGAGAUGGUGGGAGGAAGAGAGGUAUGAAUGUGGGAUCAAGUGGAAAUUCCUGGAACACAAGGGACCUUACUUCCCCCCAGAAUACCAGCCGCUCCCCGACAAUGUUCGGUUCUUCUACAAUGGGGAACAUAUAAAGCUCAGCCCUGCUACUGAAGAAGUAGCUCUUUUCUUUGCUCAAAUGCUGGACCAUGAGUACACAACCAAGGAUGUGUUCCGCAACAACUUUUUCAAGGACUGGAGGAAGGAGAUGACGCAUGAUGAGAGAAGGCUGAUCGUGGACCUUGAUAAGUGUGACUUUGGAGAGCUGUUCCAGAUGCACAAAGAUAAAGUGGAGGCACGACGCAACAUGAGCCAAGAGGAGAAGCAAGCAGUCAAAGAGGUGAAUCAGAAGAUACUGGAUAAGUAUGGCUACUGCAUUCUCGACCACCACCGAGAGCGCAUCGGCAACUUCAAGAUUGAGCCUCCAGGGCUGUUUCGUGGCAGAGGGGAUCACCCCAAGCAGGGAUUGCUAAAGAGGAGAAUCCAGCCUGAGGAUGUCAUCAUCAACUGCAGCAAAGACUGUUGCAUCCCAAAACCUCCUGCUGGGCACCAGUGGAAAGAGGUUCGCCAUGACAACACAGUCACCUGGCUGGCCAGCUGGAUGGAGAACGUGCAGGGGUCCAUCAAGUACAUCAUGCUUAAUGCCAACUCUAAGCUGAAGGGUGAAAAAGACUGGGAAAAGUACGAGGUGGCCCGGGGGCUGAAGACCUGCGUGGACAGGAUUCGGUCUGAGUACCAGGUGGACCUGAAGUCCAAAAAAAUGGAGACAUGCCAGAGAGCUGUGGCCUUGUACUUUAUUGACAAGCUGGCCCUCAGGGCUGGCAACGAGAAGGAGGAGGGCGAGACUGCUGACACCGUGGGCUGCUGCUCCCUCAGGGUGGAACACAUCACACUUCACGAGCAGCUGAAUGGAGACAAGUGUGUCGUGGAGUUUGAUUUCCUGGGAAAAGAUUGCAUCCGCUACUACAACAAGGUCCCUGUCACCAAGAGGGUCUUCAAAAAUCUGAAGCUUUUCAUGGAGAACAAGCAAGGAGGAGAAGAUCUAUUUGACCGUCUAAAUACAACUUUGCUUAACAAGUACCUGAGCUCCCUGAUGCCAGGCCUCACUGCCAAGGUGUUUCGAACUUACAAUGCCUCCAUCACCUUGCAACAGCAGCUGAGAGAGCUCUCAAUCAAGUCAGACAGUCUGGCCGAGAAGCUGCUUGCUUACAACAGGGCCAAUCGAGCGGUUGCAAUUCUGUGCAACCAUCAGCGGGCACCACCGAAGACCUUUGAGCAGUCCAUGGCCAACCUGCACGCCAAGAUUGACCACAGGAAGGAGCAGCUGGCACUGGCCAGGUCUGAGCUGAAGCAGGCCAAGAAGGAAGCCAAGGGGACCACCGAUGACAAGUUGCAGGCGGUACUGGAGAGGAAGAAGAGGGCAGUACAACGUUGUGAGGAGCAGUUGCUGAGGCUGGAGGUGCAGGCCACCGACAGGGAGGAGAACAAGCAAAUUGCCCUGGGCACCUCCAAACUGAACUACUUAGACCCUCGCAUCAGUGUUGCCUGGUGUAAGAACAUGGAUGUUCCUUUGGAGAAGAUAUACAACAAAACCCUGAGAGACAAGUUUGCAUGGGCCAUCCACAUGACAAAUCCAGACUUUGAGUUUUAAAGCUAUAAUUUUUAGAUAUUCCC